AGCUCUGACAACAACGAGCAGGCUCAUGUUUGGGGGGAAAAGUCAAGAAACGCAACAUUUUAACCUUUCUCUCCAUGACUCAACAUCCUUAAAUAGUCCACUUGUAACCUUUUUUUGUGUGUGUGGUGGUUUCUUUUUGUGUGCGUGUGUGUGUGUGGAUAGACGAUUGUAUUUUUUCCUUUUAUUGGAUUAUAUUUCUUAUUCUCUCUUGUCUGAUCUGUAUCGACCUGAAAUGACUGCCUGCUAGUCGGCCGUGUCUAGCCAAUGGUUACUGCUCCUGUCUUCUUGUGGAUUAUCCGUCGUGGCCGAGGCGGUCGCAUGGUCGAGCCCGGUGGAGGCCCCGCUCUGCUGCUGGAUGUGGAUGUGUGCGAAUCGGCGGCGGACUCCCGACUAUUACUGAUGAAGACUGUGGUAGUGAUGAUGAUGCUCGGGUUGCAGCUGCAGCGGCUGAACUGAUCUUAAAUGUGUUUGGGGCUUAUUAUAUCGCCCUUGCACAUAGCUACCAUUUUCCUUUUACAAGGCAAAAAAAAUCAUAUUCCUUAAAAACUGGACGCCCCUGGAGCAGUUUAUGACGACCCUGGCAGGAGCGUGAUGAGCGCGCGCUUCCGCUUGCCUGCUGGCAGAUCCUACAAUGUCCGGGCGACGGAGCUGGAGCGAGACAGGCAGCACACACAGGUUGUGUGCAACGUACUGCUGCUGGACAACACCGUCCAGGCGUUCAAAGUCAGCAAAGCGGAUCUUGGCCAGGUGUUACAGGAUGCUGUCCACAAGCACCUGGAGCUGACGGAGAGAGACUACUUUGGCCUGCACUUGACUGAUGACUCCUCAGAUGCCCCUCGCUGGCUCGAUCCCAACAAGCCCAUCAGGAAACAGUUAAAAAGAGGGUCUCCCCACAACUUGAGCUUCAGAGUCAAAUUCUUUGUGACAGACCCCGGUAAACUUCAGGAAGAAUACACGCGGUACCAAUAUUUUCUCCAGAUCAAGCAGGAUAUAUUAACUGGAAGACUGCCCUGUCCACACAACACGGCCGCACUGCUAGCGUCCUAUGCUGUUCAAUGUAAGUUGGGGGACUACAGUGAAACGGAGCAUUCUCAAGGUUAUCUGUCUGAGUUCUGCUUCAUCCCCAACCCCCCACAAGACUUCCACAAAGAGGUCGCCAAACAUCACCAGCAGCACAGUGGUCUAUCUCCUGCCCAGUCAGAGUUUAAUUAUCUGAACACAGCACGCUCGCUGGAGCUCUACGGGGUAGAGCUGCACUAUGCAAGGGACCAGAGUAACACAGAAAUUCUCAUUGGGGUGAUGUCCGCCGGCAUUGUGGUUUACAAGAACAGGGUACGGAUCAACUAUUUCCCAUGGUUGAAAAUAGUGAAAAUCUCCUUCAAGUGCAAACAGUUCUUUGUCCAGCUGAGAAGAGAAGUGACUGAGACCCGGGAGACGCUGCUGGGUUUCAACAUGGUGAACUACAGGGCCUGUAAGAACCUGUGGAAGGCCUGCGUGGAGCACCACACCUUCUUCAGACUGGAGCGACCCAUCCCGCCACAGAAGAACUUCUUCGCCCACUACUUCACCCUGGGCUCAAAGUUCAGAUACUGCGGACGGACAGAGGUGCAGUCUGUGCAGUAUGGAAAGGAGAAAGGCAUCAAGGACAGAGUGUUUGCCAGAUCUCCCAGCAAGCCACUAGCCAGGAAAUUAGUAGGCGGGACUGACUGGGAGUCGGUGAGCAGGAACAGCCUAUCAGAUGAGAGACUGGAAACCCAGAGCCUACCAACUCGCUCACCGCCUGGGACGCCCAAUCAGAACUCACUGUUUGUACAAGAGGGCACGCGACUACGCCCGUCGUCCGUUGGCCACCUGGUUGAUCAUGUGAUACACGCUUCACCCAGCCUGCCCGUCUUCUCCUCCAAUCACAAGUCGGCAUCGUCCACACAGGCCAACAGCAUCAGCUUGGACUCCACCCCGUCUCCAGAGGGAUUGGACGGCCAACCUCCAGCUCUGCCCCCCAAGCAGCUGAGCAGGAAAACCUUGAGCCAGAUCAUCCAGGCCCACUCUCAGCAGAGCCUCCUGGACAACCACCUCAACGAGAUGUACGACGUUCCCGUCAACGCUGACAAGACCACGCUAAAUGGAGUUGUCCCUCAUGAUAAUCUGGUCCUAAUCAAGAUGAGACCUGAUGAACACGGACGCUUCGGCUUCAAUGUUAAGGGUGGAGCUGACCAGAAGAUGCCCAUCAUCGUGUCCAGAGUGGCUCCGGGAACGUCCGCUGAUCUGUGUGUUCCUCGCCUUAACGAGGGCGAUCAGGUGGUCUUAAUUAAUGGGCGGGACAUCUCUGACCACACCCAUGAUCAGGUGGUCAUGUUCAUCAAGGCCAGCUGUGAAAGCCACUCUGGGGAGCUCAUACUAUUGGUCAGACCGAAUGCCAUCUAUGAUGUGGUGGAGGAGAAGGCGGACUCAGAGCCAGACUUUCAGUAUAUCCCAGAGAAGUCCCCUCAGGACCCCGCCCAGCUAGACCAGCAUGCUUUGAGGGACUCUAUGGUCACCCUGAAAGAAGGCCUGAUCAGUGGAGCCAUACUGGCACAGUUUGAUCAACUGUACAGGAAGAGGCCGGGGAUGACCAUGCUGUGUGCCAAAUUACCUCAGAACGUUUCCAAAAAUCGCUACAGAGACAUCUCUCCUUAUGAUGCCACACGGGUCAUUCUGAAAAGCACAGAUGACUACAUCAAUGCAAAUUACAUCAAUAUGGAGAUUCCAGCCUCCAGUCUGAUAAACCGCUACAUAGCAUGCCAGGGCCCUCUGCCGAACACCUGCCCCGACUUCUGGCAAAUGACCUGGGAGCAGGGCUCAUCUAUGGUGGUCAUGUUGACGACACAGGUCGAGAGGGGGCGGGUGAAGUGUCACCAGUACUGGCCUAACCCGGACAGCAGCGCCACCUACGGAGACUUUACCGUAACGUGCCACAACGAAGAGGGCAAUUCUGCCUUCCUGGUCCGAGAAAUGACUCUCGUGCACACACAGAGUGAGGAGCAGAGAGAGCUGACACAGAUCCAGUAUUUGGCAUGGCCAGAUCACGGCGUUCCGGAUGACUCCACUGAUUUCCUGGACUUUGUGGCUCUGGUUCGGACAAAACGGGCUGGACAGGACCAGCCGAUGGUGGUACACUGCAGCGCGGGGAUUGGUCGGACAGGGGUUCUGAUCACCAUGGAGACGGCUUUGUGUCUAAUGGAGUGCGGUCAGCCAGUGUAUCCUCUAGAUAUCGUCAGGACCAUGAGAGACCAGCGGGCUAUGAUGAUACAGACACCCAGUCAGUACCGCUUUGUAUGUGAGGCUAUCCUGAAAGUCUAUGAAGAGGGUCUGGUCAAACCACUCAAGAUCGCCAUCUACCAGCAGAGAGACCAGGUGGAUGAGGAGCGGGAGGAGGAGAAGAAGGAACAGCAGAGAGCAGGAGAAGAAAGAGAGGAGGCGGCGGCGGAGGCGAUAGAGGACGCGGAGGCGGCCAUCGCCGUGGAGUUGCUAGAAGGAGGUUUGGACGAAGAGGACGAUGACGACGAGGAGGUGGAGGUGCUAGAUGUGGGAGAAGUGACAGAAGAGGAGGAAGAGGAGGUGGAGGAGCCGAGCGUCGCUAGCGCCACCAGCGUGACAAGCGAAACCAGCGCGAACCCUGACCCGGAUCCUGCUAACCCGUGACGUUUGACCCUCUGGGGGGUCAUCAGGGGUUACCAGGAGCAGGAGGCCAGGUGGCCGGAGGAGAGAACAAAAGCACUGUUGCACUUUAUGCUGACAAAAAUGGAAAAAAAACUAAAAGACAAACAUACGUGAAAAUCAAGGACAAACUAGAAUUUAAAAAAAGAAAUCCAGCUGUGUUGACUAGGUACCAUUAGAGGAUAUUGUAUGUUCAGGGUAAACGAAAAAAAACGUAUACAAAGAAUGAAAAGAUAAAAGUAUGAGAGAAUAAAACGUGGAUGGGGAAUUGCUGUAGUGCCAUAAGUACGAAGGGGAAGGGCUCCCCUCAUGGAUGAAAAGCUCCCCCCCCCCCCCUCACUCCCCCUCUUUUUUUCUCCCCCCCUCCCUAAAGGGUCGCCCUGUCCCCUUCUGAGCGAGUCUGCCAGACGGACCUGCCUUUUUUUAGUGUCCUUUUAGCUGAUAAAGAGAUAUACCUUAUCUUUUGUUCCUCAGAAAGAGUAUUUAUUGUGUUUUAGUUUGUGUCGAAACCCUGUCCACUGAACAAAACAAAAAAAAGUUGUAUGUUUGUUUGUAUGAGUCUAGAGCUUCAUGCUUUCCUGAUUAAAUUUUAGGUAGUAAAGUAGUGUGAUUCCUCUUCUUCUAACUACUUCUUUAUUUCUUUUGCUUUUUUUGUGGAGAGAAAAAAAACAAACAGUGAUUUUAAUUUAUUGUACUUGAUUUUUUUUUUUUUUUUUUUUUAAUCUUUCUCAGCUUUCUUGUCUAAGUUUCUGACAGUACAGACUGACAGAUGGACAACCCGAAAGCACUUUGUGUCUCACCUCUUUGUUCAAUGCUGUGGCAAGUAGGAUACUUUAUCCCGCUUUGUGCUGUGUUUUUUUUGAGCUUACAGACACACAUGCUCUGAAGUGGCCAUCGUUUGGCGUGUUAGAAGAACAUAACUGGUUUACAAUCCUCAGGGCCUGUGUCCACUGGGCACCUCUCUUUCACUUUUUUUGUGCUAGUCAUAGCAGCUAAAAUCUCCCCAUUGAAAGACAUAAAGAUAGAAAAAUGUAACUUCCAGCAGUGAUAGAUUAUUUGGAAUAAGCUCACACGUUGCUCGACAGCACAUCAUUUCAACACAAGCAAACAAAGACAUCAUCAUGAAGAGAGGCCCCGGUAGACACACGACCUCACUGAGUUACAAUCUAAGCUAUUUGGCAGCCGUCACGGUUGAUGAAGCUAAGAAAAACGAGGCUGAGGUCAGUUCCCUCCUCUCUUCAAAUUCAUAUGCAGUCACUUCAGUGUUUUUUUCUUAAAUCGAACCUGCAGUUUAUUAGCAAACAGACAGAGCGGGCAAAGAAAGCGUCCUCAGGUUUUUUGAAGCAUCCUCUCCUCCCUGCUGACGUGUCCUUGAUUUAGACGCUGACAGCAAACAGCCGUGACUUCCCUCUGAACCACCAGAUAUUUCUUCCAUGCUUUGCACAGGUCAUAAAGUGAUUGAAAUCUGCUAAAAGCUUCAUGCAAUCACCCCCCUACCCUACCCCACCCCUCCACCCACCCCCUCCGAGUUUUCGUAGAAAUUUUGCUUGCAGGAAUUGACAGUGAACUGAUCUCAACCUUUUUUGUGCGAAUGGUAAAAACAGAACUUUAAAAUGUCUCCCUCCACUGACCUCCCCACCACAUCUCACCCCCCCCCACCCCCAUCCCUUUCUUUUCUUAAAUCCAGAGGGUCAAGACAAUUGAAUCCUGUUAAAGUGGAGCAAAUCUACAUCCCCAUUUAUUACAGUUGAGAUUGUUGGACUUUUACCAUCACCUGUUUGUGCAAGCAGUCAUGUGACCCAGCAUUAAACUUUGACUAAUUGGUGUUUUAAAGGGUAAUUUCCCCUUUAAAUACUCGUUUCAGUGGGGUUCAGAGGUCACUGGAGCAGAGCUUUGAAACAACUUUUGCUGUUUAAAAUUUUUUUCCAUGUUGUCUGAUCAGCUGACAGUUCAAAUACUUAGCAGCCCAAACUGAACAUUCAACCAAUAUAUAUAUUUUUGUUUUUUUUUAUUUGACCCUUUUCCAAUGGUACUUUUUUUUUUUUUUUUUAAGGCACAUGUUGUUUAAGCCAAGUUAAUGAUGAUGUUAUGGGGGGUAAUGUUAUGGGUGAUUUAAAUGACUAAAUGAUAAAAAUGAUGAUGAUGAUGAUUUUCCUGACAUGUAUUUUUUUUUGAAUUCACAAAACCCAGCAUCAGGUUGCUUGUUGUCUUCUUUUCUUUGUCCGAGUACAGGCUAAGUUUGUCUUUGUAUUUUUCAAAAAAGCAGUAAUGAGCGAGCGGGAGUGUAGCCUCUUCUUCAAAAUUUGAGAUAUUUUUCUUAUUGGUUGCUUCAGUACUUGCUGUCAUUGGCUCCUUCAGUGGAUUCUGCUGGAUAAACCUACUGCUGUGUGUGUGUGUGAGAAAGAAAUUGAGUGUGUGUGUGUGUGUGUGUGUGUGUGUGUAUUCAGAUUUCUGUCUUUAUCUCUCUCUCUCUCUUUGUACCUCUCCUUCUGCCGCCAUUUCUAACAUUUUUUUUUUUUUUUUUUUUUAGCUGUCUGGUCUAAGCCUGCUUGUCCGUUAACUGGAAUGAAAGGUUGUGACAUAGAGCCACAAACCUAAUCUAAUCUGAUCUCAAGUUUUGUCUAAAGAAAUGCAGACAGAGCGUUCUUGUAGAGGUUUUUUUUUAUUUUUUAUUUUAGACUGUCCUAAAAAAACCAGGCUGAAUCUUUUGCCUGCGAAACAACAAUUCAAACCAUACCUCCCUUUUUUCUUUUUGUUAAAACAGCUGAAUCAUACUGUACUUGGGCCACAUGGAGAGGUGGGAUCAAGAAGAGCCUCAGAAACUGCUUUCCUCUUCACUCUUUUUUUAAUUAUUUUUUUAUUUUUUUUAAAUCUCCUAUGUAUUGCGGUCCUCCCGCAAAGUCUGCUUAACUCCUUCUCUCAGGCAACAUCAGUCAUUUCAGCAGAGCCCACGCAACAUCCACUGUCCAUUCUUCCCCUUCCCAUUGUUCCUCCCCAGAUGCCUCCUUUAUAUCAUUAUACAGCGGGGG